CCCGCGGCGCAUGCGCAGGGUCAGCAGCCGGCAGAACCCGAUCUCGGUUAGGUCCCGCGAUAUCUCCUCCUUCCAGCCGACCUUCCUUGAGGGCCGCUUCCGGGAGACUAACGACCGGUUCCGGAGUGACCGGUGUCUGCUCUCUCCUUCUUACUUCUCCGCUCCGGGUCCCCUAACCCCCAUUUCCAGGCUGGUGGCCUAAGGUGGAACCUCCCUGCCCCCACCCCGUUACGGAGAGCGCGCGCUGCGCCCGGGAGCCAAUCAGCCACCGCCUUAGGCCACCAUGUCGGAAUCUGGUCACAGUCAGCCGGGGCUCUACGGCAUAGAGCGGCGGCGGCGGUGGAAGGAGCCGGGCCCCGGCGGCCCUCAGAACCUCUCUGGACCUGGUGGUCGGGAGAGAGACUACAUUGCGCCGUGGGAGAGAGAGCGGCGGGAUGGCAGCGAAGAGACCAGCGCGGCAGCGGUCAUGCAGAAGACCCCCAUCAUCCUCUCAAAGCCUCCAGCAGAGCGGUCGAAGCAGCCUGCGGCCCCGGCAGCCCCCGUGGCCCCGCCGGCUCCAGCCCCUCUGGAGAAGCCCAUCGUCCUCAUGAAGCCCCGGGAGGAGGCCAAGGGGCCUGCAGCCGCGUCCCCCGCUUCGACCCCCGAGGGCACUGCCCCACCACCCCCGGCAGCCCCGGCGCCACCCAAGGGAGAGAAGGAAGGGCAGAGACCGACACAGCCUGUGUACCAGAUCCAGAACCGGGGCAUGGGCACCGCAGCCCCCGCGGCCAUGGACCCCGUCGUGGGUCAAGCUAAGCUGCUGCCCCCAGAACGCAUGAAGCACAGCAUCAAGCUGGUAGACGAUCAGAUGAACUGGUGCGACAGUGCCAUCGAGUACCUGUUGGACCAGACUGAUGUGUUGGUGGUCGGCGUCCUGGGCCUCCAGGGGACAGGCAAAUCCAUGGUCAUGUCGCUGCUGUCAGCCAACACUCCCGAGGAGGACCAGAGGGCCUACGUUUUCCGGGCCCAGAGUGCUGAGAUGAAGGAGCGGGGCGGCAACCAGACGAGCGGCAUCGACUUCUUCAUCACGCAGGAGCGGAUCGUCUUCCUGGACACGCAGCCCAUCCUGAGCCCGUCCAUCCUGGACCAUCUCAUCAACAAUGACCGCAAGCUGCCCCCGGAAUACAACCUGCCACACACCUAUGUGGAGAUGCAGUCCCUGCAGAUCGCCGCCUUCCUCUUCACUGUGUGCCACGUGGUGAUCGUCGUGCAGGACUGGUUCACAGACCUCAGUCUGUACAGGUUCUUGCAGACGGCUGAGAUGGUGAAGCCCUCCACCCCAUCCCCCAGCCAUGAGCCGAGCAGCUCGUCCGGCUCUGACGAAGGCACCGAGUACUACCCCCACCUGGUCUUUCUGCAGAACAAGGCUCGCCGAGAAGACUUCUGUCCCCGCAGGCUGAGGCAAAUGCACCUCAUGAUUGACCAGCUCAUGGCCCACUCUCACCUGCGCUACAAGGGCACCCUGUCCAUGCUGCAGUGUGACAUCUUCCCGGGGCUGCCGCCCGACUUUCUGGACUCGGAGGUCAACCUGUUCCUGGUGCCCUUCAUGGACAACGAGACGGAGAGCGAGAACCCGCCCAGAGCAGGCCCCGGCUCCAGCCCACUCUUCUCCCUGCUGCCCGGGUACCGUGGCCACCCGAGUUUCCAGUCAUUGGUGAGCAAGCUCCGCAGCCAGGUGAUGUCCAUGGCCCGGCCGCAGCUGUCGCACACCAUCCUCACCGAGAAGAACUGGUUCCACUACGCCGCUCGGAUCUGGGAUGGGGUGAAAAAGUCCUCAGCCCUGGCGGAGUACAGCCGCCUGCUGGCCUGAGGCUGGGCGCAGCGGCGUGCAGGGCGCCGAUCGGGUCCCCAGUGGAUGGCGAGGGAGCGCAGAGUCCUCCCCACACGUGGGCGGGAGCGCGGCCUCGGGCCUGACAGACGAGGACACGGACCAGGCAGGCCCCCGGGGCCCAGCCCUCGCUCUCAGGGAGCAUUGUCCAGGGGGUGACACUGAGAGCUCAGACUUGGGCAGCGCCUUCGGGGUCCCCGACCAGGCCUGGCUGGGGAGGUGUCUAGAUGGUCCCUGGCAGCCCAGGCUCCAGCUUGACCUCCAUCUUCAGGGGCAGCAGCAGGACCUGUCCCCCGGCGAGGUGGGUCUGGGGAGCGUGGGAGCGGACCCUCCAUGUGCCCGUGCCCACCUGAGCUGGCGCCCGCCCUCCAGACCUGCCUCUCUCGAGGCAUCCUCACGGGCCGAGGCCUGGGAAGCAGGUGGAAACAGUCUCUGCUGAGGUGGCCGCCAGAGAAGGGGUGUUGUUCCCCCGGGGUGACCUCAGACUCUCACCUGGGACUCGAGGGGCAAAUGCCGUGACUCCUCGCAUCCGCUCUCCCCGGUGAGCACUGGCCCAGUAGAACGCGGACUCACCGGGAUGGGUCGGCUCCACUUAGACAGGGCGUGGGGUGGGGUCACGGCACCACCCCUUGUUCCUCAGUGCUGUGUGGGAGCCCCACGCAACGAAGCCUAGCGUGUCCCCGAGGCCAGGUCAGUGCACUGCGGCCACAUGCGUGCAGCCCACCACUGCCGAAGGUGGGAACCAGGCCGAGUGGGUGUUUUUGACAAACAGGUUCUAAUUCCCCCAGAGAGGCGCCUGCUGGGGGCUUCCCAGCGAGGAAGGGUCUCCUGUGAGCAACAAACCUGGACUGGCCCCUGAGUUCCACGGGGUGUGGCCAACAAACAAGGAAAAUAAAGAUGCGGCUUCCUUUG